UGUGUCUGGUGGGGAGCUGUUUGACAGAAUAGUGGACAAGGGCUUCUACACAGAGAAAGAUGCCAGCAUGUUGAUCCAGCAAAUCCUAGAUGCUGUCACAUACCUGCAUGAACUGGGCAUUGUACACAGAGACUUGAAGCCUGAGAACCUGCUGUACUACAGCGUUGAUGAAGAUUCCAAAAUAAUGAUCAGUGACUUUGGCCUCUCGAAAAUUGAGGGCACUGGGAGUGUGAUGUCCACAGCAUGUGGUACCCCAGGAUACGUGGCUCCAGAGGUUUUGGCCCAGAAGCCUUACAGUAAAGCAGUUGACUGCUGGUCCAUAGGAGUCAUCUCUUACAUUUUGUUGUGUGGUUACCCUCCGUUUUAUGACGAAAAUGAUGCAAAGCUCUUUGAGCAGAUUCUAAAGGCUGAAUAUGAAUUUGAUUCUCCAUACUGGGAUGAUAUUUCAGACUCAGCCAAAGAUUUUAUUCAACACUUGAUGGAAAAAGACCCAAACAAACGUUACACCUGUGACCAAGCUUUGCAGCAUCCAUGGAUUGCUGGUGACACUGCAUUAGAUAAGAACAUCCAUGAGUCUGUCAGUGCCCAAAUCAAAAAGAACUUUGCAAAGAGUAAAUGGAAGCAAGCUUUUAAUGCCACAGCUGUUAUACGUCACAUGAGGAAACUGCAGUUGGGUACCAGUCAGGAGGGGUCAGUGCAGAACACGCCAACCAGUCCAUGCCAUGGGACACUGCUGGUACCAGGGGGAGAUUCAAAAAAUGGUUCACCCUGUGACGAAUGCCCUCUUCCUUCCUCGCCACAUUCUCAAGUGCAAAUGGAGCAAAACUUGCUAACCAACCAUUCUCACAGUUGCCACUACUCUAACCGGGUCUGAGUGCAAAUGGAGACCAUCAACAUGCCGGUUAUUCAUGACAUAACCUGGGCUCAGAAGCAGUUUUUAUUUUAAAUGUAACAAUCAUUCCAUUCUCAGCACAUAUUACCUGAGAGCCUUGUGCUUGGGGCCCCCUCUGAAUGCUCUUAAACUUUGCUGUUCCUCAGAAUGUUGAGCCAGUGAACUAAUGCUUGUGAUGUGAUUAUUGCUUCUGGGUGUGAGGGGUGGGGGUGCUACAGACAAGCGAAUGGUGCAAGUGACAUUCAGGAGCGAUGAGGCUCGAUUAUGGCUUGCAUUUUCAAUUCCACACCUGGAAACCAAUAAUUAGCAAAACAGAGAGAUGUUAUAGAGUACACUUCGAGGUCAAACCUUUGUGACAGCUGAAAGCCUGAGACAGGGUUUCUAUAUAUUUUAAAUAUAUUAAAAUUCCAGUUAAGAUGUUUUAAAUAAAUCAAAAAUUCAGUUAAGAAAGGGCUCAAUAAAUUCGCACAUUGAAAUCCAGGUGAGUUUGACCCUGCAAUCUCUUCCUUUUUAUGACAGCCCACUCUAUAGAUUACUGCUGUUUUAAUGUUGCUGAUACUUUGGAUACCCUCCCUAAUAACGAAAGAGGAUUGUUCCAGGUGUCAUAAAAAGUGCCACACAGGUUUGACCUGAUAUUGAGGCUGUUUU